AUAAAAUGGAGUUUCCUACUCCAGCACAAUAUAUUGAUUCUAAUCUAGUUGGGAUGGAUAGUUGGGAGCUUGGAACAGGAUUCCCAGAGUUUAUGGCUGGUUGUCUCAGAGAGGUUACCCUGAGUAGAGGAAUGGAAUCCGCUCCUCUCUUGAUCCGCCGGAAGGUUUCUCACCUCUCAUAUCUCUCUCAUCUAUACAUCAGAUUUAACAAUAUUGAAAGGUUAUAUGAUGAGUACAGUGGUAUCUUGAAGGAGUUGUCUGUAUUUGAAUCUGUCGAAGAAUAUGAUUUCGAAAAGAUGUUUGAUACAGCGGAGAAUAAACUCUUAAAAGACCUGAAAACUAUGGAUCCUAAGAGGAUAAAUCAGUCCAAGGUUGAGAAAGUUAUUUUAAACCAAGAAAUAUCUUACUCCUGCGCUAUUUGCACGAAAGAAUUUAAGAACAGAACAUUUCUGAGGAAGCACAUGACGAUACAUGAAGAAGAGACCAGAAUUAAAGAAGAAACAGCUGAAGAUGAAAUUGAAGAAGUUGAGGCUAAUAUGUUUACUGAUAUUAUUGAAGAAGAGGAAGAAAAAAUAUUACUAGAGGAAAAUAUUCCUGCAUUUACAUUCACCAUUGAAGAAAAUAGCACUCAGAUUUUUCCUUGUGAUGUUUGUGGCGAAACAUUAGAAAACCCAGAAGAUUUAGACGAACACAUUAAAAGACAUGGUAAUUAUCAAUUGAUUGUGAUUGCUGAUAAAGACUCAAAUAGUGAAAUAAAGAAUAAGGGAAUGAAAUGUGAUCAUUGUGGUUUAACAGUUAAAAGUAAACAUGGCUUAAAGAUUCACAUGAAAACUCACCUUGACCUGACUUGUGGGGUUUGUGGGGAAACUUCUAAAACGCCGCGGCAACUAGCAGGACACAUGCGCGUUUGCCACGCACCUGAUGGACCGGAGAUCUGUGCGCUGUGUGGAAAAUCAUUCAAAAAUCUUGCUUUCCAUACUUAUAAGGUGCAUUCUGGUAAAAUUUUUACAUGUGAUCAUUGUGACUUUAAAUCUACACUAAACUGUACCAUCAAGAAGCACAUUGCCCAGGUGCAUGAGGGUAGCACUCAAACCUGUGAUCUUUGUGGAAAAGUGGUGAAGGAAUUAAAGCAUCACAAAAUAAGAGGAUGUCCGUUUACCAAAAGAAAAGUCCGACAUCAAUGUGAUCAUUGUGAAAAAUCCUUCUCUCUGAAAGACGGAUUAAACAGACACAUUAGAGCUGUUCAUUUCAAACUAAAGGACAAGAGUUGUCAGCAUUGUAAUUAUAGGUCUGCAGAGAGCUUUAAUCUCAGGAUGCAUAUAGCACGUGUGCAUGAAGGGAGGAAAGUUAGUUUACCCUGUCCCUUCUGUAACAAGAACGUUGUCAGUCUACAGUGGCACCUGGAGCAGUAUCAUAAAGAUCAAGAUUAUUCUGGUUUCAUUGCAGAAGAAUCUGCUAAGCUUAUGCUGCAACCCGACCAUGGAGUUUUAGAUCCUGAAGAAGAGCUGAAACUGUUAGCAGGAGUUACCGGAGAUGAUCUUUCGUUAGCUGCGUCACAGCUUAUCUUCCCCCUCACCAAUACGUUAUAGACAAUCACAUUAAAGGGACUACUGUUGUAACUUCAAGUAUUCCUCGAUUUGAAGAGGGUCGUGGCCUAAUCACUUUAAACCUUUAUCUGAUCAAUAAUAUGGAAAUUAUUGUCUUUUUCUAGUUUGAAAAAUGUUUAAUUUUUAAAUC